CUGUUUGCUGGAGUAUGCUCCUGAAGCAAGAGAUAUGACAUCAGUUGCUAAGGUCUAUUACAGUCAGACAACUCAGACAGAGAGCCGGCCACUAGUGGCCCCAGGAAUACGUCGGAGGAGGGUCCUGACGAAAGACGGUCGGAGCAAUGUGAGAAUGGAGCAUAUUGCUGACAAGCGUUUCCUCUACCUCAAGGAUCUAUGGACGACCUUCAUUGACAUGCAAUGGCGCUACAAGCUUCUGCUCUUCUCUGCAACCUUUGCAGGCACUUGGUUCCUCUUUGGUGUGGUGUGGUAUCUGGUAGCUGUGGCCCAUGGGGACCUGUUGGAGCUGGGACCUCCUGCCAACCACACGCCUUGUGUAGUGCAGGUACACACGCUUACCGGAGCCUUCCUUUUCUCCCUGGAAUCCCAGACCACCAUAGGCUAUGGCUUCCGCUACAUCAGUGAGGAAUGCCCUCUGGCCAUUGUACUUCUUAUCGCACAGCUUGUACUCACCACCAUUCUGGAAAUCUUCAUCACAGGUACCUUCCUUGCAAAGAUUGCCCGGCCUAAGAAGAGGGCUGAGACUAUCCGUUUUAGCCAGCAUGCAGUUGUGGCUUCCCAUAACGGGAAGCCUUGCCUUAUGAUCCGGGUUGCCAAUAUGCGCAAGAGUCUCCUCAUUGGAUGCCAGGUGACAGGCAAACUGCUUCAAACUCACCAGACAAAGGAGGGUGAGAAUAUUCGGCUCAACCAGGUCAACGUGACUUUCCAAGUAGACACAGCCUCUGACAGCCCCUUUCUCAUUCUACCCUUGACUUUCUACCAUGUGGUAGAUGAGACCAGCCCCUUGAAAGAUCUCCCGCUCCGCAGCGGGGAGGGUGACUUUGAGUUAGUGCUGAUCCUAAGCGGGACAGUGGAGUCCACCAGUGCCACCUGCCAAGUUCGCACUUCCUACCUACCGGAGGAGAUCCUCUGGGGCUAUGAGUUCACGCCUGCUAUCUCGCUGUCAGCCAGUGGCAAAUACAUAGCUGACUUCAGCCUUUUUGACCAGGUUGUGAAAGUGGCAUCCCCCAGUGGUCUCCGCGAUAGCACUGUACGCUAUGGAGACCCAGAAAAGCUGAAGUUGGAGGAGUCGUUAAGAGAGCAAGCUGAAAAGGAAGGCAGUGCCCUUAGCGUGCGCAUCAGCAACGUCUGAUAGCCUGUUCUCUCCUCCCCAGCGCUUUGGCCUUUUCCUCUUCCAGUGCCCUGGGAAAAGGAUAGAUCUGGGUUCGCUGGAGAGCCCCGGAAGCACCCACCCUCUACUUCCCCUUAACCUGGUGGCCUGUGAGCAGUCUAGGCCUGCUAGAGUCCUACUUUUUCCUCUCACUGUCCCUCUGUACCUUCCUCUACUCCUACACCAACGUACAUGACUCUUAAGCCAGCUUGGGGGAAGGAGAGGGAAGAUUAGGCUGAUGUGGCUUGAAAGGCCUCAGCCAUGCUUGGAGAUUCACAUUCUGAGGACCAUGUGAUUGGAUGGAUAGACUUCCCCCCAAACGCCCACUACCAGGAAGUUUGAUGACUUGAGACUGGACCUCCCUCCUUUUCCAUCCCAUCUAGUUAAAGUUCCAGAAGGCAGAACUCUCUCAGAGAGUCAGUCUAUGGUCUCUGCCCUUGGAAGUGCAGGGAUCUGAAAUCAGUUUUCCCUGGGCUCUCUACCACAUCCUGAAGAAAGAAGCCAGAGUAUGCCAUGGUGUUUUAAUUUCUGCUGGUAACUCCUGACAGACCUGGACUCUUGGUCACCACCUAAUUUUCCCUCUCCAGUUAGUUCUCAAGUGGCUCUUCUCAGGAUGGUCAGUUCUCUCUCAGCUUCUAUUUCCAUAGAACUGGGGUUGACCUGAGAAACACAGCAGCUAUCACCUUUCCUGCACCCAUCCUGGAUUCUGAGAAAUUCAAUUUUAGAAGUAUUGUCUAAUACUCUGGUCCUGUCCUUUCAGGCAGCCUUGUCCUGGAAAGAUUGGUUUUCAUGUUUCCUGGGAAUGAAAAAACCUUAGCCAAUGCGUGUUCUCUCUCUCUCUCUCUCUCUCUCUCUCUCUCUCUCUCUCUCUCGAUAGGGUCUUACUAUGUAGCUCUGGCUGUCCUUGAACUUACUAUGUUGACUAGGCUGGCCUUGAACUCACAGAUAUCCACCUGCCUCUGCCUGCUAUAUACUGGGACUAAAGGCAUGCGCCAGUAUGUGGAGCGCCCAAUGUUCUCUUGGAUAAGUCCAGUGCCCAGACCCCAGGAAAAUAUCUAAAAACACUCCAGAUAACACUGUACCAGUUUCGCUGCUUCCUUUUCUCCCAAUCCCAGACCCCCUCUUCUCUUAACCUAACCUUUUGAAGUAAGAGAGGGAAACAUAGUCAUUUGCCUUUCUUAACAUUGAUCUAUUAAAACUAGUCACAGAGCACAGAUUCCCCAGGAAAGUUGAACCAACUCCUCAGAUUUCCAGAUUGCUGUACAGAACCUAUGGGGCUUUGUGAUGUUUUGUUACGGUUUGAGCUGAGGCAGACCUCUGGCUGACAGUCACUAUUUUGUUCCAUCUCCUGGUGCCCUACUGAAAAGUGCCAGCCAUUUUAUGAGGCAAUGCUGAGAGGAGAGGAACUUACAUUCUGAUCUCAGCCAUUCUGACACUUGGCAUAAAAUGAUGAAAACCAGCCUCCUGUCUCCUCUUUUCUGCCUAUGAGCUAGUUCCAGGAAAAUUACAAAGACAGCUUAAGAUCACACCCAGGCCAUUCCUAGUUUGAGGGCUGUGACAGGGAUCACGGAAGGGCAUUUUAAGUACCAGGUCCUGUUCUAGUGAGCUAUGGCUGCAUUUGGGUACCCAGGAAACCCCACAAGACAGUUUAGCAGGAAUGAUGUAACUGUUGUUGUAAGGUGGACUUGACCAAUUACAAGCUACACAUCUAUAUAGAAUGUAUGCACGGAUCUCCGUGCAAAGCCUUGCAGAGAAGCCCAGAAGAUCCCAAGGCUGAACUGAUCUCAACUGUGCAUGGUCCUUUUACAUUGGUCUUCCCUUGAACUCAGUUAACUGUAACCUGAAAACGAAGAGCCUUCAGCCUCUCCUACUGUAAAGCUCACCAUUAUCCCCCAACUCUUAUCAAAACAAGAACCAGAAGAACCUGAUUGUCGGAAACAAAGAGCAGAAGGCAAGAGCCAGCCAGCUUCUGUGCUUUCAAAUAUAUUCAACACUGUGCUUACCUGACUGUGCCAGUGUGCAAGGACCAAAUGUACUGCUCUCUCUCUCUGUGUGUGUGUGUGUGUGUGUGUUUUUAUCCUGUGGCAAUUUAUCCUCUGUCCUGUUUCUUCUUCACAUUGCUGCUUCUCCUGAGGGAACUACCCUCUUCCCAGAGCCUUGCCUAAGGCCCAACUCUCCUCAGAUUCUUGGAUAACAAUGUGAGAGAGCAUUUCCUGCCUUAACCCCUUUUGAGCUUCCUCUAUAAGCCCAGGCUUUGCUCUAAGUUGCACUUUAAAAUCAUUCUGUCCUGUUGAUUCAGAACGGCACCUUUCUCCAACAAGCCCUAUGUUCUGCGUGAACAACCCCCACCCUCAACCCUAAGUGGUUCUUUAGAUCCCAGCCUGAAAUCUCUCACCUGGAAUCCUUUUUCAGGAUGUAGGACAAGCUUUACUGGCAGCCAUGACUGAUGAGAAAUGGGUUUCCUGUCUGUACUAGCUAGAGACUUGGAAUGUCAGGAGAGUAACAGGUGUACAGAUUCUAAGUAGGAUGGGAGAUUUCAAGUGGCCAAAACAACCAAUGGGGAAGGCUAUCCAGAGUGAGAAAAAUGAGAAAGAUGAGACCAAGGGACCUAGUAAAAUGAAACCCAGAGUCUUACUUAUGACUGACGCACAAGAGGUGGGUGGAAACUUGGGAGAUUGGGUUAUGAUAUAUAUGUUUCUCUAAGGAGAAAAAGAGAUAAUAUAUAGAGAGAUAUGUAUAUAGAUGUAUGUAUACCCAAAGAUAUGGAAUGUACAGAAAGGAAGUAUUCAGAUUUUAACAAAGGGACAAAUAUUUUUGCCUUGGUUUGGGGGGGGGGAUAGGAUAACUGGAUCAGCAGAACAGUGAGAGUAGCUCAUGGUUUUAAGUUUGAUGAAAAGGGAGGGCUAGAACCUGCCCUUUUCAUUAAUAAAGGAGCAUACAUCAAGGUUUGAUGAAUUGUAUUGAUAGGACAGGAGAAAAGCUGGGAGGAAAUGGGUCACAGGAAUGCCCCAUCCAUGGAGAGCUAGGAAAAUCCACCGCUCACACUAUGUGCUGCUUAUCCCUGGCAACAACCUGCAAUUGAACAACUUCUAAAAGAAGCAAGCAAGGAAGCAAGGGAGCAAGCAAGCAAAAGCAUCCUUCUAUUUUCCUCUCUUCUUCCACCAGGGUGGGAGCUGUAGGUCUAGGCCCCACCAUUAAAAACUGAGAAGCUGAAAUUGUAGUGUUUGGGAAGCAUUACCUCUAGAAUGCAAACGCCAGCACUAAUGAGCUGUUGAGCUUAAGAUACUCUCAAGGCAGAGGCCCAAGCUUAUAUACAAAAUUCUUAAAGAGGGUACUUUGUGUGUCAUAGUCUCAGCCCUGGCGUGGAGGCAGGUGGAAUGCUAUGGUUACGAGGCUCUUUGAUGAAAAUGCAGAAUGCAGCUUUCCUCUUCCCCAGAGGCUGAUGCAGUUCUAUGUGAGGCUUCUAAAAUCCCUAAACUGGGUUUCACUUAAUUCCAGCUGCCUCCCACUUCCUGAAACCCACACCAGCUAGCAUGACUAUGCAGGGCUUUCCCCCGAGGUCAGCAGAAAAAGAAAAGUAGUCAUAAUGUUGCUAUUAGCCAGGGACAUUGCACCUUCUCCGAGGCUUGCUAUCACAAGCCUUUACCCCUGCUAGCUAACCUAGCUGUUGCAAAAUAACACAUUACCUAUGCUAUACAGUUAGCUGGGCUUCCGGGCCCAGUAUUGGCCAGAGCUACUGAAGCCGAAGUUCUACGGAUGAUAUUUCUACACACUACAUUAAAGACUAAACCAGGUCAAAUGUAUUUAGAAAAAAGAUGUAUGAGGUAUUUUUGGUUUAUUUUUGUCUGUUCAGAACAAACUACUAAAUAAACUGGAUGAAUCUCUUGUU